AUGCACGAUCAACAUAAUCAGAGAAGUCUAACAAUGAAUGCAUUUAUGAUGGAAACUGAAGAGCAAGGAGCAACGUCUAUGUCAUCAAUGCCAACAUACCAAGAUCCCGAUGAUUCAACAUACGCACCGCCACAAGCUCAAGAAAAUAUUUAUAGAAGCACAAGUUCACAAUACACAGAGAGAUACGAUUGUUUUAACUUUGCCUUGGUAUGUGAUAGAUUUGGUGUGCCUGACAGAGCAGCAUCAGCAUUGGGAACCGCUCUUUUGCAAGAUUUUAAAAUUAAAGAUAAGCAUGGGAAACCUCUCAUCAUGGAUAAAUCGAAAGUUCGCAGAGAAAAAGAGAAAUGCAGGCAAGAAGUGCUUCGCAAACGGUUAGAUGAUACCAAUUUGUUAGCGUUUUCAUUCGAUGGCAGAAAAGAUGAUACUUUAACGAUAGAUAAAAUUGAUGAGAAGUAUCAUACAAGGAUGGUAAAAGAACCUCAUCUUGUUAUUUUGAGAGAACCCAAUUCUGAAUUGAUUGGUUACGUAAGACUGGAACAUGAAACCGCUGAAUACAAAACAACCAAAUUAAAUUUCUUCAGCGAUAAAAAUGUAUCACUGGAUACAUUAAUUGGAAUAUGCACUGACGGUGAGCCAACAAACACUGGCCCACAAGGUGGAAUUAUACGACGAUUCGAAUUGCUGUUGAAAAGACCAUUGCAUUGGUUUCUUUGCACACUUCAACGAACUUCCGUUUCGGCAUUUGUUUGA